UGAGGCACUGGCUCCCCUGCCUCCAGCCUGAAAAAGUUUGAAUAAGCAGUCAUCCGAGGUCCAGGGACGGAUUAAUCCAUUUUACAUUGAUUCCUAUGAAGAAAAUUGUUUCACUUUUCGAACUUUUCUGUUCACGAACGACGAAGUCAACAGAAAUGCAAAAAGUACUUCCUAGCUUCCCGUAUGUUGUGCGAAGCAUCAAAAUAAAAGCAAGCCACACACACAGGAAAUAACAAACGUCAAAAUAACGUUUUUCGAACAGGAAAUUAACAACCUCGUGCAAAAAAAAUCACAUUUGUUUUACCUAACUGAUCAGACUACAAUUCUAUACAAAACGGUGCCAUCUAGUGGUGGCAGUAGGCAAAAGGGAGAUAUUCAUAAACCUUCUAUUCCUUUAUCUUUUACCACUUAAUAUUAUGCCGGGUUCAUUUUGGUCCGUCACAUUUAGCCAAAACACACUGCAUAGAAAAUAAAUACAGUCAUAAUCUGAACGUACUGAAUAACCAGGUUGUGUCAUAAUGGAUUUUUGAGCCAGUGACGCGGCCAUAUUCCCAGAUGACGGUGACAGGACUCAGGUAAACUCAGACUAUGACUCAUGUUAAGGGAACAUGAGCCAAGACACGUACUCAGACCACAAUGUUCAUUGACAUGACAUUAAACUUUUCUUUUCUUUUUUUAAUCCUUGGUGUCCCGAAGAUCACGUGGCUUUUUGAAUGGGCUACAAAUGCAACACUGCUGACUGGAGUAUCUUUCUCAGAAAGUCUCCGUUGGCACCUGAAGACCGUGCGCCCUGGCGCGCUCGCGGUGCCUCCUGCUGGCUGCAGCACGCACUCCAUCUUCUGUCAAAAACAUUUGUUCAGUUGUCAGUCUGAAACCACUCCCUCUUUGAAAGCAGUCUUGUGUUGACUUGUCACAAGUCUAGUCUGCCAUCAGACAUUUUUCUCUCUCUUCCUCCCAGGACUAUGCGCCCGGUGGAGAAUGGCGGACGCCAGCGCCCUUGAAGAACUUCAGUCAGAACUGACCUGUCCGGUGUGUUUGGAACUGUUCCGUGAUCCCGUAAUCCUCGAGUGUGGUCACCACUUUUGUCAAGUGUGCAUCAUCCAGUGCUGGGAAGCCAAGGCGGACGAGUUGUCCAGUUGCCCCAAGUGUAGAAAAUCGUGCGGCCGCAAACUGCGGCCCAAUUCGCUGCUUUGCAACGUUGUUGACAGUGUGCGCAAAGCCCGGUCCAUGGACACACCAGCGGGGACUUCCGGAUUAGAACCGACACAUGCGUUGGAGGAGCCCGAGGAACGCGAACCCGGAUCCAGCAUGAGCAGCCUGGCCUCAUCCAUCGGACACUGGCCGCGUCUGAUGGAUAUGUGCGAGGAGCAUGAGGAGAAGCUGAAGCUGUACUGUGAGGACGACCAGCUGCCCAUCUGCCUGGUGUGCGGGAUGUCCCGGGACCAUAAGACCCACAACGUCAUCCCCAUCAACGAGGCAUUUGAAAACUACAGGGACAAACUGUCUGUGGCUCUGGACAGGGUUCAGCUGCAGACAGAGGAGGCCACAGUGUUCCAGAAGCAGACCAACGACAAGAUCCUCUUCAUUAAGGAGAGAGCAGGAGACCUGGAGGAGAUGGUUUCUGCAGAAUUUGGCCGUCUGAGAGAUUUCCUGCAGCAGGAGGAGGAGCGGAUCAAGGAGAAACUGCAGAAGCAGAAGGAGGAGAAGCUGAACCAGCUGGAGGAGGCCCUCACUCAAGCCACAGAGCAAAUCAGCCAACUGGAAACUGUGGCAGAUCAACUUCACCUCAAACUGGAGGAGGAAGAAAACCCAGAACAGCUGAAGGGAAUCAAAGAUUUCAUUGGAGGGGCCGAGAGUUUGUUUGAGCGCCCCCCUGAGGUGACAGUGGAUCUGCAGUCAGCAGAGUUUCUGGGGCCUCUUCAGUACAGGACCUGGAGGAAAAUGAGCUCCAUUUUUCAACCAGCUAUCACAACGGUAACCCUGGACCCAGACACUGCCUACCCCUGCCUGUGGGUGUCCCCGUGUCGCACCAGUGUGCAGGUGAGUAAACUCCAGCCUAACCUCCCCAACAACCCAGAGCGCUUCACCCUCUACAACAUCGUCCUGGGGUCUGAAGCCUUUUCCUCUGGCCGACACUACUGGGAGGUGGAGGUGGGCUCCAAGACCGCGUGGGGUCUCGGUGUGGCCAGAGCCUCGGUCAACAGGAAGGAGGAAAUCAGCCUGUGCCCAGAUGACGGCUUCUGGAUCUUGGUACUCAGAAACAACAACGAUGGCACCAGCGAGUACGAAGCCUGCACAGACUCAGAGGAUGGCUUAAUAUAUCCCGCAAAACCUCCCAGGAGGGUGGGGGUCUACUUGGACUACUGUCGGGGUGAAGUGGCCUUUUAUGAUGCUGGAGACAUGAGUCACCUCUUCACUUUCUAUGAUGCAAAAUUCCAAGAGCCUGUUUUCCCGUACUUUAAUCCCUGGCCAAUUAUCAACGGACACAACAGGGAGCCGCUCACCAUCGUCACGCCUCACUGGGGGUAGUUGGGAGGGGGUUUGUUUCUGUAAGAGUAUCAAGUUUUAAAAAUACACUGUAAAAAAGCUACUACUUCACAAGCAACAACACUUGAAGCAGUGUUUCUAAAAUGGUGGGUUGUGUACCUAUGAUGGGCGGUAGGUUUGAUUGGUGAUGGUUGGUUGAAUUCUGGGCAGGACCGGCCCCACACUACAGGAUAGUUUGCCAAUGUUGAGUCCGAUCUGAUCAUUUCGAGAAGUGAUCGACACCAAAUGAAAUCUUAUUAGCAACAUAUUCUCAGAGAAGACUAAAACAGUAGGUCGUCCAGCAGCACAGUAUAUUCUGAACAAUGUGAAACCUUAGAUUGCCUGAUGUAUUAUAAACACACAGAUGAAACAAUGAGAAUAACAUUUUACCUUUACAUUUAAAUACAAAUGUCUACUUAUUUUUGUAUGUUUUUAGUAAAAAAAAAGUCAUUAUUUCAAGCAGUAAGAAACAUGGACGGGUUCAUACAUAGAUAAAACUAAAUGAAUUAUGAGCCUUGACGAAACUUUGAUGAAAAAUUUUGAUUAAAAUUUUCAUACCAUAGAUCGUUUACACUGACUUUUGUUUUACUGUAGUCGGACACUGAACAUAUUCAACAUUGAAUAAAAUGACGAAAUGUC